GCGUGAUUCUUCCCCGACGAUCCGUAGCCGCAGGCGGUGGAGUGAGCGAUAUCGAUGGUGGUUGCCGUCGCACGCCUGCCGUCGAUUCUGAGCCCUAUCCGCACCACCACCGCCACUCCCCGUCGCCUCCCCUCCUCCGCUCUCCGCCUCGCCCGCUCGCGGCCGCUCUCCUCCUCCUGCUCCGCCUCACCGCUCGCCGUCGUCGCCUCCAUGGAAUCGCCGCCGGAGGGAUACCGCACCAACGUCGGCAUCUGCCUCGCCGACCCCUCCCUCACCAAGAUUUUCACCGCCUCCAGGAUCGACAUCGCCAACACAUGGCAGAUGCCUCAGGGUGGAAUUGAUGCGGGAGAGGAGCCGAGGGCAGCUGCUGUCAGAGAAUUGAGGGAAGAAACUGGUGUUACGUCUGCAGAAAUUGUGGCUGAGGUUCCUGUCUGGUUAACAUAUGACUUCCCGGCUGAUGUGAGAGACAAGCUGAAUUCUAGGUGGGGAGGAACAAAUUGGAAAGGACAGGCUCAGAAGUGGUUCCUAUUUAGAUUUACUGGGAAGGAUGAUGAGAUUAACCUUAAUGGUGAUGGAUCUGAGAGGCCUGAGUUUUGUGAAUGGACAUGGAUGCCACCUCAGCAAGUUAUUGAAAAGGCUGUUGAGUUCAAAAAACCUGUAUAUGAGGAAGCCCUGAAACACUUUGCCCCAUAUCUACAGUCAGAUCCAGCAACUUCUUCAUAACUGCAACCAAUUUCCUGAAGUUCUUUAUAUAGAGCCUUCUCAUAUUGCCGUAGAUCCAAAAUAAUUUAUUAUGGAGUAACGGAUACUAGUAUUUUGCAAUACUUGUCAUUCCAGACAAUUGUUAUCCCAACAUUGGAUCGACUUGUGCAACCAAAUGUGUGUAAACUGUUACAGUAAUGAUCUUAUACUUUACUCCCUACCAUAUUUCUACCUCCAACAUCCUAACAGGAUGAAAUUCUGAGAAAAGGACCAGUUUCUUUGCCAACAAAUAUCAAGGCAUGAAGGUUGCUGUGGCUUUUGUUGUAUAAGGACAAACUGGACUUUAUGCUUUGUACUGUCUCAUGAUAUUGUCCCCUAUGGAGAAAAGGAAAUGUGGUUAGGAACAUGUAUUGCUUGCUCCACCCCCAGAUGUGCACUGAUUACACAAGAUUUGUACUAGUAGCAGCAUGAAGUAUGUGGAUUCUUAAAUGGCAAUAAAGGUAGGCCUCGAGCAUUGGUGAGGAAAGCAAGUCGACUGAAUUUACUAUAGUCCGAACUUUAUUUCAUGUGUGUCUGCUUUUCCCUCAUGAA